UUUGCAAUCUCAAUGUUUCUAGUUGAUACUUGUAGCGUUAGUUCGUCACACAUGUAUUGGACUAUUGGUAGCACCAUAUGGGACACUAGUAAUUAUUUUUUCCAGAUUCGUCACAAUUUUGCUACCAAUUAAUUAGGCUGGUGAUGACACAUAUAGAUAUUUGUGCUUCUGCAAGCAAGUAAUCUAAGUACAUUUUGAGCAUGUAAAUCCUCCUGGCUGGUGCUAUUUUCCUUUUAAACGAGUGGACAAAUAACAAGUGCAGUAUUGGCGCGAUUAAAUUGUGUGAGGUAAAUUAAAAAAAAAUCUCCACAUUUCAUUUUUGUUUAUACUUACCAGUAGCACAUUGUUCUCCUUACUAUACAUAAAUAUGUGAACCCCUUAAUUAAGCCCACAGGACAAUGUAGGUUUCUUGGCCGGCAUAAAUAGCUACCAGAAAAAAGCUGUUAAUCCAAAAUUACAAAGCCAUCAUUUCCAAAAUCUUUAUCCAAAGAAUUCAGUUCCAAAUAUGUCUCAUUAGUAAUGGAUAUUAAUCCAUCCCAUUCUCACACUCAAAGAGAUCAACAGAAGUGUGCACACAACCAAAAGGGCAAGAAACGCCACUGCACGCAGCCAAAAGUUCAGCAAGCAAACACACCGAGUUCUUGUUGCACCCGGCGCCCGAGGACGUGGUUUGCGCCUCCGCCGCCGGCGUGAUCCUGCGAAACCGGCGUGUCCGGGCUCCAGGAGCCCGCGGCUUCGUCGCGGCCGCCAUGGCAAAACCGGGGGUUCGCUGUUCUUUCUUUGCCUGACGAAAUGUGUCGUCAGGUGGUGCACUCCUCCUCCUCCUGCUUCUGCUGCUGUCUGAAAAGCCUAUAAAUUGGAGGAUUUGAUGGCUGCUUUACACACAAAUCAUCCAUCCAUCGAUCGAUCUCGCAUUCAUUAGCUUGAAUUAGCUAGUUGGUUAGUGUGAUAGUGUGUGUCGAUCUGGUGUGUUUUGAUCGAGAUGUCGAACAAGGCUACGGAUUCUUCCCAGCUCAUCGAGCAGAAGUUCGCCAUGGCCAAGCAGAGCUCCCAUGAGGCGGCCAUUGCCGGGCUGAAAGCAGCGGCCGUCACUGCUGUCUGCACCGCGAUCCCCACCUUUGCCAGUGUUCGUAUGUCCAAGUGGGCAAAGGCCAAUCUGGGCAACCCAGUCGCCAAGACAGUCAUCAUCACCUACGCUGCUGGCAUGGCCUACUUCAUCGCCGGGGAGAAGAAGGUGGUGGAGCUGUCCAGGAAGCACUCCCUCGAGGCUGCAAAGGCCAGGGCUAAAUCUGAAUAUACUCUCACAAAAUCGAACUAGAUUUGCAGCAAUAUGGCAUCAAUGACAUGCCCUUUUUAUCCCAGAGAGAAUACUACCAGUGUUGUCUCUUCUGUGUUCUUGCAUGCAUGUGUGUGUUCACUGUGUUAUAUGCAGUGAAAAUUGUGAGAUGAUAUGCCUAAGUGCAAUUAAUUAAGGUGUGGGUGCUAAUAAAAGCUAUGCAUAUGAGCAGGAGCUUCCUUCAUGGA